CUGGCAACUCUGCACACCACCAUUACGUCUGCUUCAUUCUUCGCCUCUGCCGGCUUCCAUCUUUCGACAGUUACACUCUCCUCUGUGACAUCAUUUUCUCAGACGCUUCUUUCGACGCUAGAUGCCAUCCUUGGGUCUACCGAAUCAUCCAGAGCAAUCGCCUCGAUCAUUACCCUCAUUCGACGUGAAUUUCGUAAUCCUGAGGUCAUUCCGCUUGGAGAGACGGUUGGUGUUGGAGAUCUACUCGUUGGCUCUAUAGGGUUUGUUUUGUUGCAGCGAUGGGGCCGUAGACAGACGGACAAGGAAACCCGGCAGAACGGGAACGAGGAAACCAUAUGGGACGUUGUCAUCCUCGAUAAUGGGCUAAGAGCCGAUGUUGUUGGGACUCACCAAACGGCGUUUGGCGAAGACAUGGACGAAGGUGAUUCUUCGUCCUUGCGGCCAUCCUCUUUCCUUAUACCUGAUACAAGCGGAAAUGAGAGCCUAGAUACCCUUGAGCGAGGAAGCCGGUCUUUCAGUCAUCUUGUUCCCCACGUAUCUCUUCAUGCAGAUUGCGAACAUGACCUUGGAGAUGAUGAGAUUCGUCGUUAUAUUGCGGAGCAGCUACCGCGAGGUUGUCAUGCAACCAUAAAGGUCGAUACAGUCACCGCUAGGACAAUAACGGUAGACGUUUUUGACUCAGGCCGUGUCAACAUUUCUCCCCCGCCUGGAACUACAAAGAUUGAAGAAAGGGUGCAGCCAGAAUACAAUAACGCAAUUGUUGGUUCAGAACUAAUAGGAGAAUCUCUCCCGAAACAUACAGUUGUUUUUAAGACAGUGUCAAACUCUUUCCAUGACUCAGAGUUGCGGAUGCCUUCCCAAGUUACUACACCGGACGCACAAUAUGGUUGGUCUCAAACAGGUUUUAGAGAGAAUACCUCCAAUGACGAUGCGAGAUUUACACAGUCGGCCAGUAUUGAGACCAGCCCCCGGAUGCGGCCAAAACGCACUCAUCGACGUCGGCGGACUUCUGCGUCAGAUACAAGUGGCUCCGAGACUCCAAGAACUGUUGGGACUAGGUCUUUUGCACGCAUAACCAGCAAGGCGAAGGCUAACGUAGAGGAAAAGCCCGGGAACAACUUAGCAAAGAGGUUAUCAAAGGGAGCUUCAACUGCAGCGCAGGGUAACCCCUCUGUUAGCCCCUUUCACGAAACCAGGAGCAGACACAAAAGCGGCCUGAAAAAGGUGCUAAGUUCCAGCAAAGAAAGGGAAAAGAGCAAUACCUCUGCCGUAAAAAAUAAGGCCGUGAUGUCAGAUUCCACAAAUAGAAUACGGCCACUCUCUCCCAAAAAAGAGAAAUCUACUCCAAGAAAGGUUGAACGCGAAGCCAGCUCCAACGAGGCUAAUUCCGGAAAUCAGUUAGCAUCCAGCCGCUACUUACUUCGCGAGAAAGGCCCAGAUUCUUUCACUCACACAGAUCCUUACUCCAUACGAUCUCCAGAGACACAGCCUAGCUCUCCGUCUUUUCCCAGAGAGCAUAUCCGCAGCAACUCCUCCUUGUCAAAGGCUAGGUCGGAGAAAGACAUGUCUCUUUUCCUCAACUUCACCAGCCGCCCCGGUACCCCGAUGAUGUCUCGGCGCAACUCGUCUAAAUCAGCUGUUCCUAGCCUCUACUCUAUUGCCACAGGAUCCGAAACCUCGCUCUUGCUAGCACCUCGAACCGGGAAGAGUGCGUAUGACGACAAUUCUGCUCUCUCAUCUCUCUCACGUACCGGAUAUGUCCCUGGGCUUUACCCGUCCAACAACCUAGUACGAAAUAUACGUCGUUUCUCUCGCUUUUCAUCUGCAUCAUACGGGUCAAAUUUUUUAAGGAUAAUGGGCAUUUCUAAUGCCACUACUCAGUUGCGUUAUGAGGACCCAGUCGAUCACCAUGAGCAUAAUUCAUUUUCAGACUACACAGGGCUACCAGCAUCAACCAUUCUGCUUUCGUCGUUCGUUGACACGGCUGGCGGCACGAAUGCUGCAGGUAUUAAUUCCGAGGGGUUCCCUUUAGUCCAUUAUUUAUCCAUAGAUCACGAAUCUAAAGCUGCUGUCUUAACACUGAGAGGUACCUGGGGCUUCGAAGAUAUCCUUACCGAUAUGACCUGCGACUAUGACGAUAUGAUUUGGCUUGGGAGAACUUAUCAGGUCCAUAAAGGCAUGCUAGCCUCUGCAAGACGUCUUCUAGAAGGCGGCGGAGGCAAAGUCAUGGCUACACUUAAAUCGGCCCUUGAGGAGUUUCCAGAUUAUGGUGUUAUUUUUUGCGGCCACUCCCUUGGAGGUGGAGUAGCCGCCCUACUCGCAACGCUUAUGUCACAGCCCCAGCAUCCCGACCUGCCUGGUCCAUCCUUUGUCACAUCAUCAUCACAGCAGGGCUUUACUGGACUACUUCCCGCCACUGCCAACGAAGCCACUCAGGGCACUCAUCAGCCAAUGGGCCAGUUUUCAUUACCUCCCGGUCGACCUGUCCAUGUAUACGCAUACGGCCCACCUGCCGUGAUGAGUCCACCACUCCGUCUCGCCACCCGUGGAUUGAUCACAACAAUUGUUAAUGGGCAUGAUGUGGUCCCUACCCUUUCACUGGGUGUAUUGCAUGAUUUCCACAGCGUAGCCCUGUCUUUUAAGCGCGAUGUUGCCGACGCUAAGUCUCAGGUUAAAGCCAGGGUGUGGGAUGCAAUCACGCGCAGCAUUGCUAACAAACUAAAUAUGGAUAACCCUUCUUCGAUACAUGCCGGUGAUGGUCUAGGCGAAGAUUCAUGGGCGUGGAAUACCCUCAAAUCCCUGCGAGAAGGUCUUACAGCUACAAAACUGUUACCUCCGGGCGAAGUUUUCGUUGUUGAAACAAUGCGAGUACUCCAGCGAGAUGCUUUCUCUGGAGAUAUGGUUGCUGGGGAUGGCUAUCCUCGCCUUGGCCGGCCCGCCACCCGGGUUCAGCUAAAAUACAUCCGAGACGUGGAAAAGAGGUUUCGGGAAGUCAAGUUUGGCUCUGGUAUGCUGUUGGACCACAGUCCAGCAAGGUACGAGUCGAGUCUGGCCAUCCUAGCCCGAGGGGUCCUUGAAGAUGAGUGA